UGUCAUUGCGGAAAGGUCUGCAAGAACACAAAAGGCCUUAAAAUACAUCAAGGCAGGACCAAAUGUGGAAAGAAGGGGUCACAAAUGCAGCGCACAGUAGUAACUGGUGAGACGCAGGAGAGCUCCAGGCAGGAAGAACCCCACAGUCCGGGAGAUCUCUCAGCACCUGUGUCACCCCAAGACCACAAGACAGACUCUUCUAAUACCUCCCCAGAAAGCCAAACCCACCCUGCGAAGGAGCGAAUUAAAUGGCCCAAGAUGGGCGACAACAAGGAAUGGGACCAACUAGACCAAGAUCUCGAUAAAGUGCUAGAAGUUACACUAGUAGGGACAGCUGAGCAGAAAGUCAACACUCUCACAACAAUAACGUACAAUCUGGCAAGGGAGCGGUUCGGACUGGAGGAUAAGAAGGAGAACAUCAGGGCUGUACACCAACCAAAUAGAAGAGAAAGGGAAAUCCACCACUUAAGGAAAGAAAUUAAGGUGCUUAAUAAGCAGUUCAAAAGAUCCAUGGUUUGUGAAAGAGAAGGCAUCAAGGACCUGACGAGUCAACUCCGAGAACGUCUCUGCAGUCUCCGAAGAGCAGAAAGCACUCGUAAAAGAAGGAAGGAUAGGGAGAACAAAAGAUCUCAGUUCACCAAAGACCCCUUCCGAUUCACCAGAACACUGCUAGGGGAAGUAAAGUCUGGAAGGCUGACCAGCACCAGAGAAGUCGUGGAGACAUUUUUGAGAGAAACCCACAAUGACAUCUUCAGAAACCAGGUCCUCGAUGCCAACCCAAAUAUCAACAGUGUUGAUAUACCUGCAAAGGAGCUUAACAUUAGCAAACCAUCCUGGAAGGAAAUCCAAGAGGUGGUGAAGAAGGCCAGGUCGGGUUCUGCCCCUGGCCCAAGCGGCAUACCCUAUAAGGUGUAUAAGAAGUGCCCAAUGCUCCUCCGGAGGCUAUGGAAGCUGUUCCAGAGGAUUUGGAAGAAGGGCAUCAUUCCAUUGUGUUGGAAAAGGGCAGAAGGCUGCUUUAUACCAAAAGAAGAGAACUCCUCAACCAUAGACCAAUUUAGAACAAUCUCACUGUUAAGUGUAGAAUGUAAGAUUUUCUUCUCUGUACUGGCUAAGAGGAUGACCUCAUAUAUGACUGAAAAUGGAUAUAUCGACACUGCUAUCCAGAAAGGGGGGAUCCCGGGCUUCUCUGGAUGUCUGGAACAUGCUGGAGUUCUCAGUCAGAUGAUCCAGGAGACCAAGGCCAGCAAAGGCAAUCUGACCGUUGUUUGGCUGGACCUGGCUAAUGCGUAUGGAUCAAUCCCUCACGCCCUCAUCCAUGCAGCACUAGACCAUUACCUCAUACCUCAGCACAUCAAGGGAAUGAUCACCAGUUACUUUGGCGGAAUCCAGCUACGAUUCAGGACAGGCCACUUCACCACCGCGUGGCAAAACUUGGAAAAAGGGAUCGUAACUGGCUGUACAAUCUCCCCCAUCCUCUUCAUCAUGGGAAUGAACCUCAUAAUAACAGCUGCUGGGAAGGAAGCCCGAGGCCCAAAAAUGCAAUCGGGCAUCCGACAACCCCCAAUAAAAGGUUAUAUGGACGACCUUACUGUGACGACCACAACCCAUGUGGCGGCGAGGUGGAUACUAACUGUUCUGGACCGCAUGGUAACAUGGGCCAGAAUGAGGUUUAAGCCAAAGAAAUCCAGGUAUAUGGUGAUCAGGAAAGGUAAACUGACAAAUAGAGUCAUGCUACAUGUGCAAGGGGAGGAGAUUCCAUCGAUAAAGGAAAAUCCAAUUAAGUGCCUCGGGAAGUGGUUCGAUGAUUCACUUACCGACAGGAAUAACAUCAGCAGUACAGAGAAGCAGACAGAGGAAUGGCUGAGGAGGAUCGAAAAAUCAGGGCUCCCGGGGAAGUUCAAAGCAUGGCUUUACCAACAUGGUUUGCUGCCAAGACUCAUGUGGCCGCUGACGGUGUAUGAAGUUCCCAUGACAAGCGUCGAAAGAGUGGAGAGAAAGAUUAACAAGUACCUCCGGAGGUGGCUGGGAAUUCCUCCAAGUUUCACUUCAGUAGGCCUUUACAUAAGAUCAGGGCAGCUCCAACUUCCUCUGUCAUCCGUGGUUGAGGAAUUUAAGGUAGCAAAGUGCAGAGUCAUAAUGACAUACAGAGACUCCCAGGAUGAACAAGUCAGGCAGGCAGGCAUCCUUACAAGAUCAGGACGCAAAUGGGCAGCUGACUCAUCUGUUGCACAAGCUGAAAGUAUGCUGAAGCUACGUGACAUCAUGGGAACGCCAUGCAUAGGAAGACAGGGUCUUGGAACUUCCCAUAUCCAGCAAUGGGGGAAGGCUGGAUUAAAGGAUAGAAGGGCCAUGAUCCAGGCGGAGGUACGGAACCUGGAAGAGGAAGAACGAAGGGCAAGGGCAGUGGAACUAGCAUCCCAGGGAGCAUGGACCAAGUGGGACCUACCCAAGAGGAAGAUCACAUGGGGAGAUCUGUGGAAACUGGAACCUUUCCGUAUCUCAUUCUUGUUAAGAUCGGUGUAUGACACACUCCCAACUCCGACAAACUUGCACAAGUGGGGCUUAAGAGAGGAUCCACUGUGCAAGCUUUGUGGGGAGAAGGGUACCAUGGCACACAUCCUGUCAGGGUGUAAGACAGCACUGGCCCAAGGUAGAUACAGGUGGCGCCAUGACAAGGUGCUCAUGACACUUGCCAACACCCUGGAGCAGGAGAGACGCAAGAAACACCAACCACAUGGGAGAGUAAUACCAUCGAUUAAGUUUGUAAGCUCGGGUCAAAAACCACCAACUACAGUAAUAAUGAGAACUAAUCUGCUGCAAAAGGCCCAAUCAUGGGAAAUGAAAGUAGACCUGAAGGAAAGAUUGCAGUUUCCCCCGGUUGUCCAGACAACCCUGAGGCCAGAUGCAGUACUGUGGUCUGAAGAGGCAAAAAAGAUCAUCAUCAUCGAACUUACAGUCCCAUGGGAAGAGGGUUGUGAGCAAGCAUUUGAGAGAAAGAGCGCCAAAUACCAGGAUCUCUUGCAGGACUGUAGGGAGAAAGGUUGGCAGGCAUGGCUAUUCCCAGUUGAGGUCGGCUGUAGAGGAUUCCCUGCCCAGUCAGUAUGGAGGAUGCUUACAGCCAUUGGGGUGAUGGGAAGGGAGAGAAAGAUGACUGUCCGCAGGAUGGGGGAGGCUGCAGAGAGGGCUUCUUGCUGGUUAUGGAGCAGGAGAGAAGAGUUUAGCUGGAAGCCAGGGGGAGUAGAUGGGCAGUGAUUUGGCCACCACUGCUGACCCACCAAUGUUGAGGGUGUUGUGGUUUAGGGUUGAAACACCCAAUGAUCAUUGGAUACCGCCUGAUGACAUCAACUCCUCCUGGCUAAGGCUACAUUCACCAAGGUGA